GUAGUGAUUAAUUUAUGCUCUUUGCAUUAAUGUCAAAUAUGUCAAUAAAUACAGCAUGGUUAGCAUACUUGUGUUUGAAGCGAUGAUACAUUUUUUAUUAUUUUUGCUUUAAACGGUUAUAUAUUGUCCCUUAUCCAUAAGACAUCAAUAAGAAGCCAAAAUCUACAGUUAUUUUACGUAAGAAAAUACCUCUCAUACAAAAUACCAUCAUGGAUAGAUCAAAAAAGAAAUUGCAAUUACCAAAAUCUGUGUUGGAUAUGAAAUUUAUGAGAAAAACUAAAGAAAGGUUAGAAAAAGAAUUAGAAAACACUCAAGGCCAUGAAAAUUUAUACUCAAAUAUUAUCACCGAUGAGAUGCGUACUGCAUCUGGCAACUAUGUAUCCGAGUCAAGUUUUAUAUUCUGCGAAGACUUGAUGGAAGGAAGACUAUCUUUUAAAGGGAUGAAUCCAGAGAUCGAACGUCUUAUGCGAGCUGACCAAAAUGAAGAUAGUGAUGAUGGGGAGAUGCAGAAAGAUAUCUCUGAUGAAAUACUAGCCAAGAAAAUGGAAGCAUUUCAUAAGAGAAAAAGAGAAUCAAGUGAUAAAAAACCACGAGGACCUAGCAAUAAGAAGAAGAGAUUACAUGAACAGCCCAAGAAAAUGGGCAAAAAUCUGGAAUCAGAUUCAUCAAAAUUAGCUUCCAAAACAAUCUCAUGGACUACAGUUGUAGACCCUGAGUAAAGAGUAUAGAUUGUGUCAUUCAAGAUGUGUGCCUUGACUCAUAACAUCAGGGUAUUAAAGGUUAGAUUUGACUAAUCUGUGCAUCAUCAUGGAUGACACAAACUAUAAAUAUUUAAGUAUUGUCCAUACUAUGCCUAAAAUGGACCACCCAAGUUGAAUACAAUAGUGGAAUGUACUUUGGAUGUACAAAUUACUAGUAUGUCCAGUUUAGUGUUAACAAUUAUUGAUAACACUAAUAAACUUGUAUACAUAAAAUAAUGAAUUGGUUUACUAUGUCAUUAUAUCAGGUAGAAAUAAAAUGAUAUAACAGA